AUGGAGAAUAAUGUUGACGAGAGCUAUCUUCUGUUGCUUCUCUCUGACAGCAAUCUUCCUACCGGCGCAUUCGUCGCUUCCUCUGGACUGGAAUCGUACCUCAAACAUGGCACCUCCACCUCCACCUCUGCCGAAUCUCGAGUGUUGGCCUUCCUGAGAGACAGUCUGGCGUCGUAUGGCAGGACAUCCCUCCCCUUUGUGUCAGAUGUCCAUCGUGUUUUCAGGGCCUAUAUAGAAAGGGAUGCCGAAAAUGACAGUGAAGGCGACGCUUUGGAAGUGGUGGAGAAGCUCGUGGCACUGGACAAGAUGUACGAGGCUCAGACCCUUAACCACGUUGCCAGGCGUGCAUCUAAAGCACAGGGAGCCGCGCUUCUCACUCUUUACACAAAAGGCUUCUCGAGACCAGCUUCGCUGGCCCAGUUCGCAGAUCCAGGCCUACUACGGCAGGAGAAACGGAAAACCACAGUCGUUGAGCAGUUUAAACUGCGCGUGCGAAGGGAAGACACGCAAGGCCAUAUGCCGAUAUGUUGGGGAGUCCUAACAGCAGCGCUGUCUCUGUCGCUAGAUCGCUCACAAUAUCUGCACUUGUUUCUGCAUGCUCGUGGCCUACUGUCUGCAGCAAUUCGUCUGAAUGAGGUUGGACCAUACAAUGCCCAGCAAACUCUGCUGCACGCGGUUCAACCGUUAAUCAAAUCCGAGCUUCGCAAGUGCAAGGAGCUUCAGACGGGACUCCUUGCCGAAGGAAAUGACGGAUUUGACGAAACUGUCCAGGGUCCUGCCAAUACCUGGCCCUUGGGAGAAAUCCUUGCUACGAGACACGACUUGCAGCAUUCUCGAAUCUUCAAUAGCUAG